AAAUUUUUGGAUGUGUCCAAGCAGGUUGGCAAUCCGCCAUCUUGUUCUUGCCUCGUACACUCAACUCUAUCUUCCAUUGGCCACAUGUGAGAUUGCUAGUCAACUCCCCUGGAUUCCCCUUGCAGGGUAAAUACGAGACCCUCGAUCUUGCAUGUGGAUAAGCCCCCUAUCGUUCCUGCUUGGCAUUCUUGACCCACUGGCUCAGAUUCUCCAAUUCCCAACAAGCUUUUUAGGUCGGCCGCUUCUUUUCCCCAUAAUUACGUAUGGUGAGUCAGCCGAGCAGCUCAACCAGGAUACGCAGCCAGUGUUAUUGCCUAAUAUAUGCAACAAUAAUGGCAAUCAGACCUCGGAUUUGACCGGAAUUCGACCCUGGCUGACGUCUAAAGAAGGUAAUUACGUCCGAGGUCUUCGGCCGAGCUUUGAGACACUGCGGUGCAGCUCAUGCCACGGCUCCACCCGAACAAGAGGUCUGUAGAUCCAGGCCCACUCACGACGAAACGUAUAAAAACCCUCCAGGAACAACACGCAUACACCCUUAGAGUCAGUCCCGACCAACGAUGAGCAAUUGAGCACCCUUCUGCAUGACAACCACGAUGUCGGAAAGUUCCGUAUGUUAAUGCCCUUUCAACCCCCGAACAUGGUCUC